GAGCGCUGUUCGAUUUGUUCAUUCAACCGUUUGGUCCCCAAUCGACUUUGUAGCUUAUCGCAUUUUAUUCUGCAUCGUCAGGAAGAUAUUUUACAUAAAGAUUUAUAAAAUUUAUAAAAAUGGUGGUAAAAGCUGUAUGCGUAAUUAACGGAGACGUUAAGGGAACCGUUCACUUUGAACAGCAGGAUGCAAAGUCUCCCGUCCUAGUCACUGGUGAGGUUAACGGACUUGCUAAGGGUCUGCAUGGCUUCCAUGUACACGAAUUCGGGGACAACACCAACGGUUGCACUUCGGCUGGCCCUCAUUUCAACCCUUAUGGAAAUUCGCAUGGUGCACCAUCCGAUUUGAACCGUCAUUUGGGCGAUUUAGGCAAUAUUGAAGCCAGUGGCGAUGGAGCAACGAAGGUCGAAAUCAGCGACAAGCUGAUUACCUUGUUUGGUGAAAAUAGCAUCGUUGGACGUACUAUUGUUGUACAUGCUGAUCCUGAUGAUUUGGGUAAAGGUGGUCAUGAAUUAAGCAAGACAACUGGCAACGCUGGGGCUCGCCUUGGUUGUGGCGUCAUUGGAAUUUGCAAGAUUUAAAUUGUUUGUUGCUGAGAAGACAAUGAGAAGGGUAAAACCAGAAAGUACUAUAUAUCCAUACCCAUUCUUAUGUAAAUAUGUAGACUACCAGCAAUAAAGAUUAGAAUAGUGUAAGUUAAUCAAAAAUACCUAUACAGAGAGGGUACAAUUGGAAUGUUUUCAAUAUAAAAAUUAACACAAAUAAAAUAUGGUUUAUUGGAUAACAUAAA